AUGAACCGGAUCCUCCAUAGGAUCCGGAUCCCCCGUAGGAACCUGACCCACCCCCAUAGGAUCCAGAUCCACUGCCUCCUUGGGAUCCGGGUCUCCCUGAUCCCGAUCCAGCCCCGGAGGAUCCCAAACUGGAUCCUCCUUGAGAUGAGCCGGGUCUGCCUGAUCCGGAUCCGCUGCCUCCCUGGGAUCCAGGGUCUCCCAGUCCAUCCCAGUAACCCCCCGUCUCCAUCCCCGUUCCCUCCCAGUUCCCAUCCCAGUCUCUCCCAAUCCAUCCCAGUCCUUCCCAGUCACCCCAGUCCCUCCCUGUCCCCAUCCGAGUCCCUCCCAGUAUAUGCCAGUCCCAAUCCCAGUGCCCUGGUCCUUCCCAGUCGCCCCCAGUCCAUCGCAGUCUCCGUCCCAGUUCCCCACAAUCCCCACAGUCUCCCUCCCAGUCCCUCCAGUCUCCAACUCAGUCCCUCUGAGUCCCUCCCAUCCCUCCCAGUAUAUCCCAGUCCCCAUCCCAGUCCCCUGGGCAGGAGGGGGAACCCAGUCUCCAUUGCA